UAAAAAAAAGGAAGAAAAUUCAUAACACAAAAAUAAGAAGCUGCAAGAUCUUCGCUGGCGGCUCUCUUUAGCGUUCUCGAUCAGCCACCGUCAAACUCUGCCUCUCUCUCCAUUAUUUCAAUCCAAGAGAAGUGAUUAAUAGCAAGAUGCUGGGUGUUUUAAGGCGCAAAGCUGCUUGUAGCGCCUCCUCUUCUGCUUCGGUUUUAGGAAAAUCAUUGCGUAAAAUUAGGCCUGCUACGCCAAGAGUAUGCUCUUCUCUGCCAGAAGAGAUUAUACAUCAUCCAAGGGGAUUUGGUAAUGCUCGAACUUUCUGUCACCUACCUUUAGUUGAUUGCUCUACGAGUUUGAGGCCAACAAGGGCAGUUGUAACCAAUCUUCCACAAGAUAUUAACGUUCAGAUAUGGAGCAGAUCAUUCUCUUCCAACAGUGAAGGUGAUCUUGUAGAUGCUGUUGUCCCUCAUAUGGGUGAAUCUAUAACUGAUGGCACACUGGCAGCUUUCUUGAAGAAACCAGGUGACAGGGUAGCAGUUGACGAGCCAAUUGCUCAGGUUGAAACAGACAAGGUCACCAUCGAUGUCAAUAGUCCCGAAGCAGGUGUAAUUCGGGAGUUUGUAGCUAAGGAGGGAGACACUGUAGAGCCUGGCACUAAAAUUGCCGUCAUAUCAAAAUCUGCUGAAGGUGUAACUCAUGUUGCACCAUCUGAUGAGAAGUCCUCUGAAAAAGCUGCUCCACUGCCGUCUCCUCCUGCUGAAGAGAAAAAGCAGGAGCCUAAGCCUAAAGUGGAAACUGCUCCUGUCACAGAAAAGCCUAAAGAAACUUCACCUCCUAAACCCUCUGCGACAGAACCCCAACUGCCCCCUAAAGACAGAGAAAGACGAGUGAGUAUCAUAUUUCUUCUUCUUGGUAGUACAGUUGAUCUAAACCAAGUUCUUUUGAUUAGGUAUCUUUGGCAUCAGAGGGUUCACUCUGCUUGUCUUCAUUGGUGCAUGAUUUUUGAUCUGUGGGCUUGUAGCCAAGCUUGUUACAGGACUAAUUUAAUGAAACUUCGUUCGGACUAUAAGGACGCAUUUGUUGAAAAGCAUGGUGUGAAGCUGGGUCUUAUGUCUGGAUUUGUGAAAGCAGCUGUUAGUGCACUCCAGAAUCAACCUAUAGUUAAUGCUGUUAUUGAUGGUGACGAUAUCAUUUACAGAGACUACAUUGAUAUUAGCAUAGCUGUUGGCACCCCAAAGGGACUUGUGGUUCCGGUUCUUCGUGAUGCUGGUAGAAUGAAUUUUGCGGAAGUUGAGAAAGAGAUUAACACCCUUGCUAAGAAGGCAACUGAUGGCACUAUAUCAAUUGAUGAAAUGGCUGGAGGUACAUUUACAAUAUCCAAUGGAGGUGUAUAUGGAAGUCUUUUGAGCACUCCCAUUAUAAAUCCCCCUCAGUCUGCAAUCCUUGGGAUGCACUCAAUAGUGAACCGCCCUAUGGUCGUUGGAGGUAACAUAGUUCCAAGACCGAUGAUGUACAUUGCAUUGACAUAUGACCAUAGGCUGAUUGAUGGUAGAGAGGCGGUUUUCUUUUUGAGAAGAAUCAAAGAUGUUGUGGAAGAUCCUCGCCGACUGCUCUUGGAUAUAUGAAGCUGCAUCCACCAAUGGUGCAGUUUCAUAUUUGCUAAUAUAUUUGAGUUUCUCCUAGCUUUGAAAUGCAUCAUAUUGGAAGUUUUGUGUUACCGUAAUUUUUCCUUGCAACCAAGUCAUUUUCAGUUUGUGGCCAGCUGUGUCUAGGCUUGAAAUGAGAUCCUUCGUCUAAUGGACACAAUUAUCUUGUUCAACUCCUUAUUUUGAGAGUUGUUUUUUGUACCGAUCACCUUGUGCUUGAUUUGAAUUAUUUGAUGUUUCUGAAUAUGUGACACUUGAAUGUAGGAGACUUCACGACGGUGGAGAAUGAUCCAUUGUUAGUGUCUAUUGCUUCAAUGGCUACAAUUGAUAGCAUGGGAAAUGCUAUAAAUUAAUAAAAUGAAUAUGCAUCUU